AUGGCUUUCUACCUGGCAACAGUUGUACAUAUGGACAUUGCUCUGACCGGGUGCACAGACUCAGAUGGAGAGAAGAUGUAUGGACUGGAUGGGGAAGAGAUGGGCCACGCAGACUUCACCAAGGGCAAAUUCUUUAUGACAAUGCCUGAGUUUGCUGAUCAGUUUACAUAUGAGGAAGGCACAUAUGAGACGGCAGUUGCAGACCAGCAAGUCUGCAAACAUAACUUGGAACUAGACAUAAAAGUAAACAAAAGUCCAGCAGUGGCAGAGGCCCCCCCCAUGAGCUCCAUCUACCCCAGAGAUGAGGUGAAGGUGGGCACUGACAACACCCUCAUCUGUCUCAUAACUGGGUUCUACCCUCCCCGACUCACCGUGAGGUGGACCAAGAACAACAAGAACGUGACCCAGGGAGUGAGCAGCAGUCAGCUCCGUGUGAAUGUUAACGACGGCUCCUUCAACCAGUUCUUCACCCUGAAGUUCACCCCUCAGGAGGGGGACAUCUACACCUGCACUGUGGAGCACCAGGCACUGGAGGGGCCCAUGACAAGAGAGUUUGAUGUUGAGGUGUCAGAGCCCAGUCUUGGUCCCUCAGUGUUCUGUGGAGUGGGUCUGACUCUGGGACUGCUGGGAGUGGCUACCGGAACGUUCUUCCUCGUCAAGGGAAACCAGUGCAACUGAAACUGCAUUCUAAUGUGGCUUUCUAUUCAUUCCCAUCAGAUGAAUGAAAUGUAGAUAAUGAAAUCCUGACAUUCUCUGUUUCUCUGUCUCAGGCUUUAUGAUGGAAGUUUAAUGGAAGAAUGAAACUUCACAAUAACCCCUCUGUAAAUCACUGUGUGUGCUCCUAUUUUUACUUUGGUUUACUGUAGAUUUUCAUAUUCUCUGAUGUUUAUGAAGCUUUGAUGGAUUCUA